AUGGAGGAGGCGCAGCGGCUGCUCACCGUGUCCGUGUGGAAGCUGUACCGGUGCCGCCUGCAGCGCGGCGGCCUCCGCCUGCACCGGAGCCUCCAGCUCUCGCUGCUCGUCCGGGCCGCCCGGCACCGCUACCUGAGCGCCCGUGCGGCCGCGCAGCCGGGACCCGGCACCGGGACCCCUCUGGGGGGGGCACCCGUCCCGCACCGGGGGCAGCCCCCGACGGGGGACCCGCGCUGUGCCCAGGAACGGGGGGACACCCCCAGCCGACCGGUCCCGGACCGAGGGACCCCGCCGAGCCAGCCGGUUCCGGACCCCGGCACCACCGCGGACCCGGGGGAUCCCCCCAGCCGACCGGCUCCGGACCCCCGAAGCACCGCGAACUGGGGGGGUCCCUCCCAGCCCGACCGACCCUGGACCGACGGACCCCUCCGAGCCGACCGAUCGCGGAUCCCCGCAGCACCGCGAACCCGUGGGACCCCCCCAGCCGACCGGUCCCGGACCGGUGGGACCCCCACAGCAAACCGCCUGCGGACCCGGGGGACCCUCCCAGCCGGUCGACGCCGGACCCCCGCAGCACCGCGAAACCGGUGGGAUCCCCCCAGCCGACCGACCCCAGACCGAGGAACGCCCCCCCAGCCGACCGGUCUGGGACCCCCGCAGCAUCGCGGACCGGUGGGACCUCUCCCGACCACAUGGACCCCCACGAACCGGGACCACCCCCCGGCCACCCCGAUCCGGGACCACGACCCUCCGCCGCUGCCCCCCCGGGAUCCACGGAGCGCCGCCCGCGCCCCACCGCCGCCUGAGCCGGGCUCCCCCGGCCCCCCCCGCGGCCCGGGCGCAAGCGGCGGAGCAGCGGCUGCACCGGUGCCGGGCCGGUGCCGGUACCGGAGCAAACGGGCGCGGCUGGAGGCGGAGGAGCCGCCGCUGCCCCCGGGGCCGCCCGGGCGCUGCUCGGGGGCCGCCCGCCGCCGCCUUCGGGCUGCUGGUCCGCGCCGUCGGGGCGUGCUGACCCCCCCCCCGGGGCACGGACGGCACAAAGUGGGUUGAGACGGAGAUACGCCCCCCCCCAGCCCCGGGACAUACGGACUCUCGGUGGACACACACCCCCACCCCCCCACGGUUGGACGUUCCUUCCGUUACUGCUUGUGGUGCUGGGGGGGCCCUAGGCUGGCCCUGGGCGCCCCCCCCUGCCCGAAUUUGUUUAAUUAUUAUUUUGUUAAAUAAAGGUGGAUUUUGUGCA